AUGACUAUUUCCAGCAGCCCCAUCAAAAUCACCGCCAGAGAACACGUCCAAGCCUUGCUCGACCAGUACGAUAACUUCCUUUUCGACUGCGACGGCGUGGUGUGGCUCGGCGAGACGUUGAUUCCCGGGAUGGUGGAGGCAAUCGAGUACUUGGAGUCCAAGGGCAAAAAGGUGGUGUUUGUCACCAACAACUCGUCCAAAUCGCGAGACGAGUACGUGGAAAAGUUCCAUCGGUUAGGUUUCAAGUCGUUCCGGAAGCAGCAGGUAUAUCCCACCUGCUACGCUGCGGUUUCCAACCUCGACCAGUUGGGAGUCCAGCCAGGGGCCAAGGUGUGGGUAUUGGGCGACGCUGGGAUCAUGCACGAGUUAAAGGAGGGCGGCUACCAGGCGUUGGGAGGCACAGACACCCGUUUAAACCAGGCGUUCGACCCGGACCAUCCAUUGUUGGAGGUGGACCCUGAGGUCCAGGCAGUGAUUGUGGGGUCCACCAAGGACUUCAACUACAUGAGGAUAGCCCUGACUUUGCAGUACUUGUUGCACAACAACAAGAGCAUCCCGUUCAUUGGCGCCAACAUCGAUCGUACAUACCCAGGCCCCCACGGGCUUAUCUUGCCUGCGGGAGGCAGUGUGGUCAGCUACAUGGAGUACACGGCCAACCGGACAUUCUUAAACGUGGGCAAGCCCAGCACUCAGUUCUUGGACACCAUCGUGGCCGAGAACGGCUUCGACCGCUCACGCACCUUGAUGGUGGGCGACACCUUGUACACCGACAUCAAGUUUGGCAACGACGGCAAGUUGGGUGCGGGCGCGGGGUCGUUGUUGGUGUUGACGGGGGGCACCAAGCCCGAGGAUCUCGCCCACUUGUUGCAUCUGCCUGAGGAUUACGAAGACCCCCACAGCAUGACUCCGCUGUACGUGAUGGACUCGUUCGGAGCAUUUGUGGACAUUUUGAAAGGGUAG